AUGCCGGUUGCUUGGGUGUGGUGUUGGCAUUGGGGCGGCCUGGUGCUCCGGUUGCGGGUGCCGGUUGCUUGUGUGGUGUUGGCCUUGCGGUGGCCUGGUGCACCGGUUGCGGAUGCCGGUUGCUUGUGUGGUGUUGGCCUUGCAGUGGCCUGGUGCACCGGUUGCGGUUGCCGGUUGCUUGUGUGGUGUUGGCCUUGUAGUGGCCUGGUGCACCGGUUGCGGGUGCCGGUUGCUUGUGCGGUGUUGGCCUUGCGGUGGCCUGGUGCACCGGUUGCGGUUGCCGGUUGCUUGUGUGGUGUUCGCCUUGCGGUAGCCUGGUGCACCUGUUGCGGUUGCCGGUUGCUUGUGUGGUGUUGGCCUUGGGGUGGCCUGGUGCGCCGGUUGCGGAUGCCGGUUGCUUGUGUGGUUUUGGCCUUGCGGUGGCCUGGUGCUCCCGUUGCGGCUGCCGGUUGCUCGUGUGGUGUGGCCUGGUGCUCCGGUUGCGGGUGCCGGUGGCUUGUGUGGUUUUGGCCUUGCGGUGGCCUGGUGCUCCCGUUGCGGAUGCCGGUUGCUCGUGUGGUGUGGCCUGGUGCACCGGUGGCGGGUGCCGGAUGCUUGUGUGGUGUUGGCCUUGCGGUGGCCUGGUGCUCCGGUGGUGAUUAUUGCUGGUUGUUAAGCCUCCUGUUUGCCUUGCAGUGGCAGUGGUUUGCCCCGGUUGCGGUCCCGGGUAUUGAUUUCCUCGCAUGCUGGAAUUUGCAUGUUCGAGUAGCAAGUAGCAGCUGGUUCACAACUCAGCGCGAAGCUUUCCAGAGCCAUUCAGCUCUUUUCAUUGUUUCUUUGCUGCUGCAAACGAAAGCCAUGUCUGCUUGGGAAAAAUGCUUAGAAGCAGCAAAGAUCCCAGAGCCUGCGCGAGCCAAACUACUUGAGCUCGGCUUCGACACCCAAGAAGCUUUUUCUUUCAAAGAUGAGAAAGUGUUCGAAGUGUUUGCCAAAGAUUUCUUGCUGGUGGACUUGAAGCUGGACGGCGCAACUGAGACAAAUUGGGCUUGUAAGCCUUUGGUGCAAAAGCUUCGUGCCCUGUGGAUGAAGGGCUGUGGCGGCGGUGCUGCGCCACAAGCUUUGGCAUUGCCUUACACUCCAGUUGUUGUGGGGGCGUGUCCUGGAUCAGGUUUGCUGCUUGGUUCCAACAAAGGUUUGACAGUGGCUGACCGUGACCAGUUGCGCCGCGCCCUGGAGGCAAAGUAUACAGGUUGUGUGGUGGACUUGGAAUCACUUCCUUCCAUGCCUUUUCUUAACAUUGUGAAGACGCAGCAUGACAACAAGGCUUGGGAUUGGUUGCCAUGGAAGAAGGUGUUGAGCGAAAAGGUGGCUUCUGCGCUUAAAGAUAAGAAGCCUGCUCUCGGGCCCCUAGAAGUUUUAUGCGGGGCGAAUGUGGAGGAGCAGUUGGACCGUGAGUUGUCCAAUCAGCCUUUUCCUAUUUUGCAGUUGCUGACAGUGCGUGGGCAUGCGUAUGCCAUGGUUGGGAGCGGGCACUUAGGUAGCUGGACGCUUUACAACAACAGGUUCAUGAAAUUCUCUACUCAGGUGCCAGGACCCCACUUGCGUUUCUGCUCGGCCCAAGAAGCCGAAGAGGCAGACCAAGCUGCAAUGAGAGAAGUCUUCAACUUGUGCUAUGCAGGUUCGAGCAUUGAUGAUGCUUUACAUUCAAUUGCUGUUGACAGGGAUAUGCUCAGGUCUCUCUUGAUGCCUCGUCCAAAGUUGGAAAAGUUAAGCAGAGAGCCAUUGGCGCGGAAGCGCCCAACAGCACCGGCCACAGGUCCAUCAAAACGCUUACGCAAUGGAGAGUGUUUCAAGUGGCGCCUUGGUGAGUGCAAGCUGAAGAACUGCCGGUUCGCGCAUGCUUGUGCAGCGUGCGGAGCCACAGAUCACCAUGCUGAAAUUUGCAAAGAAGCAAGCGCAGAUCAUCGGAAGAUCCCAAAGACCAAGCCGCAACGCUUAGCGGACUUUCUGAUGAGCAAAGGCUUCCCUUGCAAGGUAGAGGUGCCGCCGGGUCAGCCACUAACUUUGGACCUGUGGCAUGCGCUUUUGCUGUUCUGCGACGACAUCGAUGUGAAAUUGCCUGGCAUUUUACGUGAGGGCGUGCCCACAGGCAUUUUGGAAGAUGUUUUACCUUCAGGGGUGUGGCGUGCAGUAGACAAACCUGUGCGCCCUGAAGGCGUGGAACUGGAGAUCUUAGAUGAGCCCUGGGGCUCAGCGUUGGAAGAUCCAGACUGCGUAAUGCGACUAGUGCAAGCAGAUGUGGAAGCCGGGUUUGCUGACUGGAUUCCUUGCGGUGUGGAGGAGGCCCGGCGCCUCUUUGGGGCCAAUUGUGCGGCCGGCAAGUUGGGCUUAGUCAAGAAAGCUGGCUCGGAGCCAAGGUUAGUGGGUGACAGCAGCAUCAGUUGCGCCAAUCAGCUAUCUCGCAUCCGGGAGAAGAUUGAGCUCCCAAGUUUGUUUGAUGUGGAGCAGUUUGUGUCGCGGCACCCCAGUGUGGGCAUGUAUGAGUGGUGCCCCAGCCAGCACAGGGCUGGCCUGGGGUCACCAGCAGUUUGUGUCUCCACCCCCCUGCAGUGCUGUUUGGGUUUAGAGUUAACCUUACACCAAGAAAGGGAUGCUGCGUUACCCGUGGUUGAGCCCAUGGCCUUGGUCCGUGACCGAGACGCAGUGCUGCUUGGUGCGUUGGGCCCGGCUAGAGCGAGCACCAUUCGCAAGCAUGUCAGAGAGUGGCGGAAAGCUCGCGCAUUUUGCUUGUCAGUGUCUGGAAAGCCGUGGCCCGAACACAUUGGCGUCGUUUUGGAUUACCUGCAUGAAAGGCAGUUGGAACCGUGUGCCCGCAGUGUGCCAGCAGCUUUUCUAGCAGCCUUGUCGUUCAUUGAAAAGGUCGGUGCAGUCCGGCGCACACAGCGUUUGUCUGAAGCUUCUUUGUUGCGAAACACGGUCAACCAACUGACUGCUGACUUGGAAAGCAAGGCGCCGCCCAAGCGACAAGGCACAUUGGACCGCACCAAGCGCAGCGGUCCCGGGAAGAGGAUCCGAUUUUUACCUAUCUUCAUCAGCCGCCGCGUCUUCGUAAUGAACCCAAAUUGGCUGGUGGACGGCUGGGCCAUUUGGCAGCAAGAGAGCAUGGGGUGUCAGCGCGACUACUUUUUGCCGCUGCCUAGGGCAGACCACUCUGGUGCGAGGCGCAGCUUGGCCGACUAUGCGCGCACAAUAGCAUUGAACAAAGAAUUCCUCAGCCAAUUGCGAGUGCCUAUGUGGACGGGUGAAAUUUGGGCCUCGUCGUCUGAUUAUCUCUUUUCCUUGCAUGAUACUUUGGCUUUUUGGACGGAGCAUUCGGAGCGGAACUGGCUCAUUUCAGUGUUGGCUAGCAUUGGAGUGCCGCGUGAAAAACGUGAGUUCAUUGGCCGGUGGCGUGCAAUUUCUGAGGAGGUGCCAGCACUGAGACCUGCCAUUCCUUCUUCAUUGGAACAGGACCGCGAGUGUGUCGAUUCGCCUUAUUUCAUUGCCAUUGUAGGGAAGAAACGUUUGCGCCGCUUGCAUCGUCGUGGAGGCUGUGGCACUGACCCGGCUGAGUUGCAUGAAGUUGAAUGGGUGGAGACUCUUCAAGGUUAG